CGCCAUAAACAGUUGGCGAGUCAAGCAGUCAAGUCUUGGACGGUCAUGAGCGUGAGCCGAGAGAAGAUGGUGUUGACUUGUAUAAUCCUAGACAGGUACAAGUUGAUAGGGAGGGGCUGUUACGGGACCGUUUACCAAGGGACGUGGAUGAACAGAAAAGUGGCCGUCAAGCGAAUUCAAAUCGAAAACGUUGAAAACAACAAAGAAGAAGAAGCUCUGAAAAAGUUAGAUCACCCAAAUGUCGUCAAACUCUAUCACGUUGAAAGCGACAGUGAUUUCAGAUAUUACGCACUGGAACUGUGCCAAUUAUCACUGAGUCAACUAUUCAACGGUGACGAGGCCCAGAAAAACUAUCAAGGGAAAAUGCCGCCAGAAAAAGAAGUUUGCCUCCAGUUGGCCAAGGGAUUGGCGCACAUUCACGAAAAGGGAUUCAUCUACUGGGAUAUUAAACCCCAAAAUGUCUUCAUUUCUAUCCAUCCGAUUGAUGGAGGAAAUGUGUCGAUGAAAUGGGCCGAUUUCGGACUCAGUUCGCCACUCAACGACAGGGGAAGUUUCUCGACGACCGAGCACAACACACGGCCCGAUAAUUGGCUGGCCCCUGAAAUCUUGCAGAUGAAGGAAAAUUUCAAUCGGACGACGCCCCUCCGUCAAGAAGGAACCGUUAAAAGUGACGUCUUUUCCACAGGUCUCAUUUUCGGCUAUUAUCUUUUGAAUGGACGUCACCCCUACGGCUCACAGUUCAAUAUCCCCGCCAACAUUGUCAAUGACACGCCAGUCAAUCUGAAAGCCAUAGAAGAGCAAAAACAUCCCAUGCUACGCGCUAUCAUCAUGGACAUGUUGAAGAAAAACCCCAACGAGAGGAUUUCAUCGGCCGAUGUCAUAACAAGAAUCGCCAACAUUUCAUAGCAAAAACAAACAAAAAGUGAUCUGACUCGCAUUAAACCCUCCAAUUACGACAGGCCAUAGAAAAAUGAAUCUACUUUACUGCCUUUAUUCGCAAUCAAAUUUCCACAAAUGCUCCAAUUUACUAAGAAAAUUAAUUUGAUUCCUCCACAUUAUCUGUAUUGAAAAAGGACGUAGGCGGACGUAUGUGACGCGCCCCCAUUUUCUAUUUCCUGCGGAUGGUGACGAUAAAAUGAAAUAUUUAGUUGACAUUUAUCUCA